AUGUCCUCCUCAAACCUCGUCAUGCCCAAGGUGGGCUCGCACUUGAUCCUCACCACUCCUGCGCGUCAUGUGCUCCAAAUGACGCUCAACAGGCCCAAACAGCUCAACUCCAUGACCGAUGCUAUGGAAGACGACAUCUGCCGCGUGUUCGACUGGUUCGAGUCCGAGCCUUCCCUCUGGGUCAUCAUCCUCGCCGGUAAAGGCAGGGCCUUCUGCGCCGGUCAAGAUCUCAAGGACUGGCUCAGCAAGAAUCAGACUUCGGAUACCAUCCCACACGCCACGGGCCAACCCAUGCAGUCAGACGCUGAGGUGGCCAAGUCCAUUCAGAGACUCAAACGCGGUGGCUUCGGAGGCAUGAGUGCGCGGAGGAGUGCCAAGCCCAUCAUCGCCGCCGUCGACGGUAUCUGCAUGGGCGGCGGCACCGAGACCAUCCUCAAUUGCGACAUGGUAGUGGCAAGCACUCGAUCCGUCAUCGGCUUGCCCGAGGUAGCAAGAGGUGUUGUCGCUGCCAUGGGUGGUAUUCCUCGACUGACGCAGCUGUGUGGUCACCAACGAGCGUCUGAGCUGCUCCUCCUCGGCAAGCCCAUCAGCGCCAAAGAAGCUCACGAUAGAUACAACAUGGUCAACCAUCUUGUCGAUGUUGCAAAAUCAACAUCAGAGGAACUCGGUCAGGCUGCGGUCGAUCAGGCCGCAAUCGACAUUGCCGUCCAGUUGACGCACAACAGUCCUGAUAGCGUGCUGGUCACCAAGUCGGCUCUGGUCAUGGCUCGGGACUCGACAAGUGGCGACAUCGAUGCCUCGGCGCGGGACAACAUGUUGUCCGACAGAAGUCGAUUGCUCUACGUCGGCAAGAACAUCAACGAAGGCUUGGAAGCUUUCAAAGGCGUGAGUCUCUGUCGUUGCGUGGGCCGUGUCAUUUGUCAAGUGACACCCCGCUUCAGCAUCACUGGCGCUCUCUUGCUGACACCGCGAAAAUCUGUCCACUUCACACACUGCCCCUGUCACAGAAACGCAACCCGAAGUGGUACAACCCACUUCCCUUGGCGCCACCUGCCAGCGAACCACGAUCGAAGCUCUGAGGCUAUCCGCCGUUAUCCCCAGUGUGACCUCUUUUAA